AUGGCCGAAGACCCUGAUCAGCUGAAAAACGUUUUGAAAGAACGGGCGGUCGAGUUGUAUAACCUAUGCGACCAAGACGGGAAAGGUUACAUCACCGAGAGCGAGCUUCAAGGUGUUAUCGCCGAGCUCGGAUUGCCUCUCGAUGCGAACCAAGUUAAGCAGACUUUCAAUGAACUCGAUGACGACGAGAACGGCUACUUGACUUUAGAGGAGUUCACUGCGGGGUUUGGCCUUUUUCUGGGCAUUCAUUCGGACGAUGAAGGCAACAGCGAGCUACAAGAAAUCACGUCAAUCAGCGAUCCCGGUCGGGAACUGUUCUUCUUGUGUGACCCAGAAGGCAAGGGGUACAUCACGAAAGCGGAUUUAGGACGGGUGGCCGACGAUUUGAACUUGAAUUUCGAACAGCUCGAUUUUAUUUUUGAUAAGCUUGAUAUUGACAAAAAUGGACGCUUGACGCUCGACGAAUUCGUCGAGGGAUUUGGCGCAUUUCUCGCCGAUGGCAAUAACGGUUCGUCGGAACUCAACUCGUCAAUACACGACCCCAAUUUGAAAGAUGAGUUUACAAAGGAAGGCCCACCGGACGGGCAUGACAUUUUCGAAAGCUUGGAAGCUGGACUAGAAUCUCCAACGCAGGCAUCCGAAGAUGCGUUAUUUCGAGAAAUUGUGGAAAGUGUCGGAGAGGACAUUUUCACGGGAUCGCUGACAAAGGAUCAGCUGCAUGACCUUUGGGAGGCUCUUCGCAAAAACGAUGUACGCGGACUGCAGAAAUUCGAGGAGUUUCUAGGCAAGGUGUCUGGUGAGAUCCGUCGAGCUAAAAUGGACUCCGAACAGCUCGAGUCUGCCCUCAAAAGCAAAGCAAAUUCUCAUGACAAAGAAGUUCAAAGGUUGUACGAGGAGAUGGAGCAACAAAUAAGGACUGAGAAAGAGAGAAUUCGUAAUGAGCAAAUAAAGCGGGAAAAAGCUCUGAAGGAUGAGCUUGUGAGAGAACUGGAAAGCAAGGAGUUAGAAAUGCAACUUCUUUUACAAAGGCAAAAAUCGCUGGAAGAAGAAAUCCGAAAAAAAUACGAAAUGGAACAGGACAUUAAGAAUGAGAACGAAAAACUCUUUCAGAAAACAAUUCAUCUAGAGGAAAUGCUGAGUACUUCCGUCAGUUCGUUAGAAGAUACCAAGAGUUAUGUCAACCAGCUACAGGCUCAAACGGCCAUGGAGAAAAAAGAGAGGGCUAGGUAUGUGAUGAGCUAUUUGUAA